AUUUUGAAUCCUUAAAUUUCUUAUAUAAUAAGAAGUUUUAUUCUACAAACUGAAUUUAAAAAAUUUAUAACAAAGACAUCUAAUCUAAACUUCAUUCAAGUUAUCUUUAUAUUAUAUUAUAAAUAUGCACUUGAGGGAAUGCAUUAUACAUUAAGAUUAAAAUUAUAAAUUAUCUUUUGUUAAUAUACACGAUAAAUGCUAUCAUAAUGAAAUCGUAAGUUAAACUCGAGCUAAAAUCCAAGUCGAUACGAUUAUAGCGACAUACUUAUAGUACACACUUUAUAUUAUGUGAUUCUCGAUGAAAUGACAAUUUUUAUAGCAUAUGUGUAAGUAAAUAAAACAAUGUUAUUACGAAAUAAUUAAUUACAAAUAUAUACUAACCGCAAAUAUAGAUAUCGUUAAAAGUUAUAUGAGUAAUAAAAGAUUAUAUAGCAAUAUCACAUUUAUGUUCGCGAGUAACUAUACCUGCAAAAUUGGAAGAGAUUUCGAAGUAUACAAUUUCACCGCAACACAUGUCACGUUUCUCUGCCAGGACACAAUGCGAAUUGAUGUAAAUAGUCCACGCUUUUUACAUGAGAAUGGAUCAGUCAAGGUCAGUGCUUCACAAUUCCCCCUCUCGUCGACUGAAGAAUCACAUGGAGUAAGCGGGACGCUUCCUUGCCAUGGGCAGUCUCGUUCGCAUUUUCCUAGUAUAACUCGGCAUCUAUCUCAACGUGAUCCAGCAACUAUGACGCGAUCUAAAAAAAAAAACGAAAAUUACGAGAUGAUUGUGAAAAAUCUCGUAGCCGGUGGUGUUGCCGGUAUGUGCUCGAAAACGGCCGUGGCACCUUUGGACAGAAUUAAAAUUUUAUUGCAAGCGCAACACGAGCAUUAUAAACAUUUAGGUGUUUUCUCAGGAUUUAGGGAAAUUGUUCGUCGCGAAAAUUUCCUUGCUUUAUAUAAAGGCAAUCUCGUUCAAAUGAUCAGGGCAGUGCCGUACGCAGCAAUACAAUUUACAUCGUAUGAACGGUAUAAAAAGCAUUUAGAGGGAUUGUUUAAGCAAAAUUCGCAUAUAAAUGGGUUCUUGGCCGGAGCUGCUGCGGGUGUUACAGCUGCUGCAAUUACAUAUCCGCUCGAUACUAUCAGAGCAAGACUAGCCUUUCAAGUUACCAGCAAUACACUUUAUUCUGGAAUAAAACACACUGCUGUAAAAAUGCUAAAAGAGGAAGGCGGCCUUCGAGCAUUGUACAGAGGUUUCUGGCCAAAUAUGUUAGGCAUGAUACCAUAUGCCGGAUUUUCUUUCUAUACGUUCGAGAAGUUAAAAUAUCUAAGCAUGAAAUAUGCGCCACAUUAUUUUUGUUCCGAGCAUAAAACAAAUACCGGUGGUCUUAUAUUGAAUAUACCGGCAAAACUUCUAUGCGGAGGUGCUGCCGGUGCUGUAGCACAUACCUUCUCUUAUCCAUUAGACGUCACAAAGAGACGUAUGCAAUUGGCUAUGAUGAAUCCAGCUACACAUAAAUACGCAUCGGGAAUGUUGCCUACUCUUAGAAUGAUAUACACCGAGAAUGGCAUUGUGAAAGGUUUAUAUCGUGGAAUGAGUAUCAACUUCUUACGAGCAGUUCCAUUUAUGGCAGUUGGUUUUGCAACAUAUGAAGUAAUGAAACAAAUGCUUCAUUUAGAUACUGGAAUAAAACUAUAAUUCAAUUUUAUAUACACACAGUUAGAUUUUGUAGGUAGAAUAAAAAAUUUCACAAUAUUAACAUUGUGUAUCCACAAAGGUCUAACUUAUUACAAAACAGAAACAAAUUGCAAAUUGUAUAAUACAAGUAACUCAUUUUAAGUGUUUUAGUUUUUAGCUGAGCAAAGAGGUAAUAAGGCUUUUUUAAUAGAUAUAUAAUGAGAAACUCAUAUAAAAAUGUUGCAUAUCAUAUAUUAUACAUAAUAUUUGAGAUUUAGGUGAAAAAUUAAACUUUUAAUUUUUUCUAAGUGACGAAUACUUAUUACAUUGCUGUGCAAAAAUAUAUUGUUAAAGAUUUUUAAGUAUUUUGAACAAAUUGCUUGCAGAUCGUUAAUCAUUGAAAACAAGUAAAAUAUAUUUAAUAUUAUGUGUAUUAUAUUGCAGAUUGCAUUAUAUAAUAAAUGUCUCGUAAAAAGACAUUUGAAUACACAAUAAUUCUUGCCCCAAAAUUAAAGAAAAAUUAAAAUUAUGUAAAUUUAUUAUUCUGACCUGUAACAUGCAUCAUUGCAUCGUACAUUAAAAAUUGUAUAUUUUGCGAAAAAAAAGGAAAUAUUUUUGUAUUCUAGAAUAUUUAUUUGUACAUAUAACUCAGAGAUAUAUUGAUGAAGUUUUAUCUUUAUACAUAUUACCUUUUUUUAUUACGUAAUGUAAAUAUAAGUACUAAAUAAUAAACUAAUAAAAUAUUUCAAAGAUAUGUUGAUGAAGUUUUAUCUUUAUACAUUAUUUAUUUGUUUAAUCGUGUAACGUAAAUACAAGUACCAAAUGAUAAACUAAUAAACUAAAAUAUAUGAAUUUUUUAUAUAUACAAAUACUUUAAAUCAUUAAAAACAUGCAUAGAAAAUAUAAGUUUUAUACACUAAACAUUGUAUUGUUUGCGAAAUAUUGAAUAUAUAGAGUGUAAGCAAAACCCUA